CAACAGAAAUAAUUUUGAACACAUUUUGAGAAUUGUUGGUGUUGGUAAACAAUAAACAGCUGAGCCAACUGACGUUUUGUCAUUUAACAUUGACGACUUAAGAAAAAUUCAAAAUUUUUGUGAAAUUAAAACAAUUUUUAGCUCAUAGAAGUGGUUGAUUGUGAAAAUACAUUGUGUGAUAAAAUGAGUCAAAGUGACAAAAAUGUACCUAGUGAACCAAAAGAGACUGGUACUUUACCAAGAAUUAGGACUACCAGCGAAUGCUCCUAUACCAGCGAUGAUGGAACUUCUGGAUUUACAGAAAAAAGACAGAGAACUACAUCUCAGCAAUUCAUGGUAACGAGUGGUCUCACCGCUGCUUCGCCUCCAAAAUUCGUGUCUUUAGAAGAAAUAAUGCAGGCAGCUAAUGGAAUGAGAGACAUGGCUUUGGUUCACCAAAUCGUGGUCGAUGAAGAUUUUAAGUUGAAGAGAGCCGAACCGCCACCCAAUAGCAUUCAGAAGAUGAUCAAGGAAACCAUGCACAAAGCGUUUUGGGACGUUCUAAGGGAACAACUAGCCGAGGACCCACCUAACUACGCUCAGGCUUUUAAUUUAUUGGAAGAAAUAAAGCAGGGGUUAUUUGCCGUAUUACUACCUCAACAUACCAGAAUAAAGCAACAAAUUUCCGAAAUAUUAGAUAGCGAACUUAUCAAACAGCAAGCUGAAAAAGGAACGUUAGAUUUUAAGCAUUACGCACAAUACGUGAUCUCGGUUAUGUCUAAGUUGUGCGCACCGGUAAGGGACGACAGAAUCAAAGAAUUGACGGAAACCGAGGAUGUAAUUGAUACAUUCAAAGGUAUUUUGGAGACUCUGGAUUUAAUGCAGCUGGAUAUGGCCAAUUUCACCCUUCAGAUGGCCAGGCCGGACAUCAUCGCUUGUAGCGUCGAUUUGGAGAGGAAGAAGUUUGCAGAUUUUCUUUCCAUUCAAAACGAUGGGUUGGAACACACUCGUAAAUGGUUGCUAAAGCACGUGAACACGAGCGAGCCUGUACCGGCCGAUGUGGAAUACGAAAAAUUCAUAAGAAACAUUCUAAAGAAAGGAUUCCUACAGUCCUGCGUCGAUCUUUUAGAUUGGGAGGAAGACGCGCAAUAUCCGGAGACGUUUAUGCUGGACGAGGAGAGACUGAUCGACUUAAAGAUGAGGACAUUCCGACUCAUUUCCGUAGCCACGGUUUUGCUAGUGACGAUCAGCAACGCAGGUGCCGAUCUACAGUCUAUCGCACCUUUCAAAGACUCCUUAAAGGAACACAUCUCCAUCUUGCUGCAAUCCGUUAAGAAUGAUAAAGAUUUAAAUGAAACUCUGCCGAACGUGGCCGAGCAAGUGGUGAAUGACUUGAAAGAGGCGCAGCAGAAGUACGAGCUGCCGGAAAUGUUCCAAGCGGCAGAGGCCAACUUGAAGCAGCAGAUAUUGGACAUCGGGAAGCCCGAUCAUAAAGUGAAGGCGAUCGUCAAGCAACGUGUUAAGGAUUUCUUCUUGGACAUCAUAGAAUCGUCGACGGCCGCACCUCAGAAGGUGCCUUCCGGUCUCACCGCUCUGCAGAAGGAAUUGACGGAAACGGCGGGUCAAUUUCUGAGAAUCGUUUCCCAUAACAGUACAGUAUUUUGCAUUUACUAUUACGAUAUUAUCGCAGCCGCGCUGCCUAAGGGUACCGCCACGGGUUAAUCAAAUACUAUCAC